UUUUUAAUUUCGGCGUGAGCACGUUUCUGUUUUGUACGUUGCCGGGCAAAAUUUUUGUUUAUUAACUAAAAAAUUAAAACUAAUAACAAAUUCGUUAAAAAUUGCAAAUCCCUGUUCCCUCUCAUAUACGUAGUUCGUAAAAUAAAAGAAAAAGUGUCGCGCCAUGGCCUCCACCGACUGUUUACAAAUGAACAAAACAACAAUGUUUGCCAAGAUUCGCGAAUCUUUGGCGGUGGAAAAGCGUUUGCAUACGGAAAAUCUAUUGGAAUGUAAAGAUGAUGUGCUAUUUUGUUGGGACUCCAAAGAGUCGUGUUUGUUGGCUCUCAACUGGCGGGCUGCCAUGACAAUGGGCCUGGAUCAAAUUAAGUUUCAGACCCUGGUACCCUCCAUACUCCUGAGCUUUGAGGUCGAACGUGUUGUCUCAUCAAUUGAGGGCUCCCUUUUGGCACUGGCCGGACCGAAAGGCGUUUGUAUUAUGGAAAUGCCCCGACGUUGGGGUGCCAAUGGCCAGUUUAUGGAUGGCAAAUCGCGUAUCACCUGUCGAGCCUCUAAUUUGGAUGGCCACUUCUUUGCAAAUAAUCCACAUUUGGAAUUACGACAAUUACGCUGGCAUCCGGCCUCACCCACGGAUUCACAUUUGCUUGUUUUGCUGUCGGACAAUACCAUAAGAGUCUAUGACAAUGCCUCUUUGCGCCAUGUUUGGCAAGUUGGCCCUUUGCCCCUGAAACAUGAUGGCAGCCUGAAUCCUUCCACCGUAUAUGCCCUGGGAGAGGCUGCCGUGGAUUUUGACAUAGCCCCAGCUGUUAAUGUGGCCGAAAUGCAAGUGAAUACCAUGAAUGCCACCAUAAACAAGGAUCAAAGUGUUCUCGUGAAUAGUACCAGACUUAAUCAGAAUACCAAUAGGACAAUAAUUGGUGAGACAACAAAGGUUAGCUCCAAUAAAUUACCCGAAAAGAUUGAAUGGCCAAUUGUAAUCCUAAGGGAAAAUGGCAAUAUUUAUGUCCUGAUGUCUGGUCUGGAUACUGAGAGACCCCGUUUACAGGGCCCCAUUACCAUCACCCCUUCCACAGUGGAUAAUUAUGGCUUGGAUAGUUGUUCGAUUUUGGUCAUACCCUCACUGCCACCCACCUUGGUUAUUGCCGAGACCAAUGGUAAACUGCAUCAUGCCCUGUUUUUGGAAGCUGAAAAUGCCGAGGAUUCCUUCAAUGAAGUCGAUGACAGUCUGAUUAUACAUCCCUGCGAAUGGACCGUACAUGUUUUGGAAACAGUUGAGCUGGAAUUGGGUUUACCCAAGGAUGAUGUAAAUCAACCCUACUUUUGUCCCAUUUAUCUUAAGAGAGAUUUCAUCAAUGAGCUACGUUAUUUUGCCUAUCACAAUACCGGUCUGCAUGUUAUCACGGUUAACUUUAUUGGAGAAUUACAAAGGUUUUUGGAAAAUGAAGUUGAUAGCGACAUAACCACUCUCUCCACUCCCUCACAUGCUGAAUAUUUGGUUUGUACCAAAAUCGAUACUGGAGACAAUAUCAAUGCCGUUCUAGGCUUCGUUUUGCUGCAAAUGCCUUCGUGUAUUGUCUUGCUAUUGGCCAGUGGCCAGGUUAUUACCCUCAAACUUGUCAUAGAUGCCAAACUCCUUUUGGAUUCACAAACAAAAUCCAAAGAUGACAUGUCUCUCCAAAAGACUGAUGAUGCCAAUCAAAAUCAAUUGAAUCAAUUGCUAAUGGGACCCUCUUUUGUCGAUCACAUACGCAAUAUGUUGAAACGUAGUGUUACCCAACCCAUCCUAUCGCUGGAUAAGAGCAAUAAUCCAUCACCCCAAGAAUGCUAUGAACUUUUGACGCAGGCCAUAGAGGUAUUGCGUACACAGUAUUUGAAACGUCAUGAAUUGGUUAAGGCCGAAGUUGCUAAACGCAUACACACCAUUAAGUUGUGCCGUGACCAACAGAAACAAGAUAUUGCCGAUUUGGAGGCGGAACGUGAAGAAAUCCGGGAUAAGGCCCACAAAUUGGCUGAACGCUUUGAGGAGCUCAGCGAUAAACAGGAGGUCUUAACGAAAAUCUGCCAGGAUCUAAUGCGCCAGGCCAACACCUGUUUGCCCAGCAAUUCAUUGGCCGAAAAGGAAUUCGCCCAGGAGGUAGAACGCAUCAAUAAGAUGACCAAAAACAUGACCAAUGCCCUGCAGAAAUGCAAAGAAUCCAUCAAUAAACAGAGUUACCAUAUUGCCAAAUAUCAAGAAAAUUCCAAAAAGAAAAACUUUGAAUUGCCAGAAACUCAGGAGAGAACAAUCAAAGAGAUCCUAUUGCAAAUGACUGCCGAAAUCGAUGGUCAAAUCAAAGAAGUCAAACGCAUCUCAAAAGUCGUGGGCAUCUAAGUGCCAUAAAUUCUCCAUCCCCAUUUUUUGUUUCUUAAUCUUAAAAAAAAAAUAAAUCCUAAAUUAAAAAUAAAACACCAACAAUUAUUAUUUUUCUUUUUCUUCUUCUUUUUAGCUUUCUUACGUAGUUUAUUAUACUUUCUUAUAUGACUAACAAUUAGUGGUUUCAAUUCUUGACGUUUAUGUUUACGCCACGAUAUCGACAAUAAUAUUAAAGAGUUAACAUAAAAAAAUAAUCUAAAGAAAUAGUUUUCAUCGUUGCCCUGUUGUUGUCCGUCCCAGUAGAAAUGUUCACGGAAACUAUCAUAGACAGCGUUCAUGCACAAAUAUGUUAAGAUGGUGGCACAACGUUGCAUGUCCAACCAUUUGCCACGGGCCAACAGAGCCAAUAUGGCCUCAUGGGCAUAAUCUACAAGUCAAUGAUCAAU